ACUGGAGAACACGGGACAGUGGGGGGCAGUAAUAAUUAGCUCUGAGAAUCGCAUCGGAUAACAUGUUCAUAUAUCAGCAUCCGUGAGCUCUCGGAGCUGCUAUUACGUGCGUGGCUUUUAAUUAGUCCAAGCUCUCAUGGACAUGCUCGUGUCGAUCGGGAAGGCGCUGAGUGGGAUCUGCUGCAAUCGCAGGAAGCGCCUUAUUAGAGGGAGACUGGUUCUGAUGAAGAAGAAUGUGUUGGACUUCAACGACUUCACUGCUUCCUUCCUCGACGGUCUUCACGAAUUUCUGGGUAAACGUGUCUCUCUUCACUUGAUCAGUGCUCUUCACGCCCACCCAACUGGAAAUGGCUUCAAAGGGAAAGUUGGCAAGCCUGCAUAUCUGGAAGACUGGAUCACUACCGGCACACUUGUGAUUGCUGGUGAAUCAACAUUCAAGAUUACAUUUGAGUGGGACGACGAUAUAGGAAUUCCAGGAGCAUUUCUAAUAAAGAAUAAUCACCACAGUGAGUUCUACCUCAGAACUCUAACACUUGAAAAUGUUCCAGGACAAGGUGACAUCCACUUUGUUUGCAACUCCUGGGUGUACCCUGCCCAAAAAUAUAAGCAUGACCGCGUCUUCUUCAGCAACAAGGCAUACCUUCCAAGUGAAACACCAGAGCCUUUACUUAAGUACAGAGAAGAAGAACUAGAGAAUUUAAGAGGUGAUGGAAGAGGGGAGCUCCAAGAAUGGGAUAGAGUCUAUGACUAUGCGUACUAUAAUGAUUUGGGCGAUCCAGAUAAGGGUCCGGACUAUGCUCGUCCAAUUCUUGGAGGGUCUAGUGAAUAUCCCUACCCUCGAAGGGGAAGAACUGGUAGACCACCCUCAACGUCAGAUCCAAACACUGAGAGUAGGUUGAAUCUUGCCAUGAGUCUGAACAUUUAUGUUCCGAGGGAUGAAAGAUUUGGUCACUUGAAAAUGGCAGACUUUCUUGCCUAUGCCCUAAAAUCCAUAGUUCAAGUUCUCAAACCUGAGUUAGAAUCGGUAUUUGAUAGGACCCCCAAUGAAUUUGACAGUUUUGAAGAUGUGUUUAAAAUCUAUGAAGGUGGGAUUAAAAUUCCAGAAGGUAUACUCAAGAAUAUAACGGAUAACAUCCCUGCGGAGAUGCUCAAGGAAAUUCUCAGAACUGACGGUGAACCGUUACUCAAAUUUCCCACACCUCAAGUUAUUAAAGAGGAUAAGUUUGCUUGGAGGACUGAUGAAGAAUUUGCAAGAGAGAUGUUAGCUGGUAUAAAUCCUGUCAUGAUUCGAUGUCUCACAGAGUUCCCACCAACAAGCAAGCUAGAUCCUAAAGUCUAUGGUGAACAAAAUAGCACAAUAACCAAAGAACUGUUAGAGAUGAAUCUGGAUGGGCUCACUGUAGAUGAGGCGAUCAAAAGAAAGAAGCUAUUCAUAUUAGACUAUCAUGAUGAGCUGUAUCCAUAUUUGAGGAGGAUAAACUCUACUUCCACAAAAACCUAUGCCAGUCGGACAAUUCUUUUCUUACAAGAUGUUGGGAUUUUAAAGCCACUGGCCAUAGAAUUGAGUUUGCCACAUCCUGAUGGAGAUCAAUAUGGUGCCAUUAGUAAAGUUUACAUGCCUGCAGAAGAAGGUGUUGAAAAUUCUAUCUGGCAAUUAGCUAAAGCUUAUGUGGGUGUAAAUGACUCAGGCUAUCAUCAGCUUAUUAGUCACUGGUUGAGGACUCAUGCAACAAUUGAGCCAUUUGUUAUAGCUUCAAACAGGCAGCUCAGUGUGCUUCACCCGAUUCAUAAGUUAUUGCAUCCUCAUUUUCGUGACACCAUGAAUAUAAAUGCAUUUGCACGACAGAUCCUUAUCAAUGCAGGUGGUAUUCUUGAGAUGACAGUUUUUCCAUCCAAAUAUGCCAUGGAGAUGUCAUCCGUAAUUUAUAAGAAUUGGACUUUUCCUGAUCAAGCACUUCCUGCAGAUCUUCUCAAGAGAGGAAUGGCAGUUAAAGAUCAAACUUCCCCCCACGGUCUUCGGCUAUUAAUUGAAGAUUACCCUUAUGCUGUUGAUGGACUAGAGAUUUGGUUUGCUAUCAAGACAUGGGUCAACGACUAUUGCUCCUUUUACUACAAGACAGACGACAAAGUUAGCAACGACUCAGAACUCCAAUCUUGGUGGAAGGAAAUAAAAGAGGUCGGUCAUGGUGACAAGAAAGACUCCCCUUGGUGGCCUUUAAUGCAGACUCGUGAAGAUUUGAUUGAGACUUGCACUAUCAUUAUAUGGAUUGCUUCAGCUCUCCAUGCUGCAAUCAACUUUGGACAGUACCCUUAUGCCGGCUACAACCCAAAUCGUCCUUCUUUAAGCCGACGGUUCAUGCCUGAAAAGGGAACUCCAGAGUAUGAUGAGCUUGUGACAAACCCCGAUAAGGCUUUCUUGAAAACAAUUACUGCACAGUUUCAAACUCUUCUUGGCAUUUCACUCAUAGAGAUCUUGUCUAGGCAUUCUUCUGAUGAGGUUUACCUUGGACAGAGAGACACGGCUAAUUGGACAUAUGAUCAUGAACCAUUGGAGGCCUUUGAGAAGUUUGGAAGGAAACUGGUAGAAAUUGAGGAGAGAAUCAUGAGAAUGAACAAUGAUGAGAGACUAAGGAACAGGGUUGGGCCAGUUAAGUUUCCAUACACUUUACUUCAUGCUACUAGUGAAAGUGGGCUGACUGCCAUGGGAAUUCCGAACAGUGUAUCAAUUUAAAAGACAUACUUCUUAGUUAUCCUUAUGUCCUGAAAUUAGACUAAAAAUAAUCCCUCAGUUACAGGGACAUGGCUAUAUUUUUUUAUAUCUGUAAUCUUCUAUUCCUUGCGAACAGAAAGUGAUACAUAUUUUAAAAGA